AUGACAGAGCCUGCUCAAGGGCAUCCAAAUGACAGCCAGGAGACCGAUGGUGCCGACCAGUGGAAUAGAUAUCUUGCUGCCAUCAACGCGUUCAAGGUGGUUGCGAGUAACAGCUAUGGACCUCCACAGACAUUGAGAACGUUGGCUCCAAUUACAAAUGCUGACCCUGCUAGUUCUGCUACUCCUGCUGCCUCUAGUCCCGAGAAAGAGAUAGCUUCUAGCCCCGCGAAGGAGAUAGCACCUUGCUCUGCUAAUGACAUGGCUUCCGUCCCCGCUAAGGAGGUAUCUUCUGGUCCUGCCGAAAAGAUAUCUUCCGAACAUGCUGAGGAGAUACCUUCAGGCCUUUCCGAGAAGAUCGCAUCUGACCCGGUGAAAAAGAUAGCUUACAGUUCUGUCAAGGAUAUAGCUCCAGAUCCACCCCGAAGCUCAACAGGUGGGGAUUCUGACGGCUCGGAUGAGGUGGUCUUUCGACAGGACGAAUUGCGCGUAGUUGGCCCUCACAUUCCAUACAUGUUUCGGAAAGACGACACAUUGAAUAUCCCUAAAUCACUUCAUCGUCCCGAAAUAGGCCCACCUCCAGCAACAAGCCACAAUAACCACCGUCCCACUCGCGGAAAGCCUUCAAGCCGCGGGGCAAGUCGUGGGGCAAGCCGAGGGCGUCAAGCUAGAAAGAGUAUGCCUCCUGCAAGGUCUUCUCAAAAACAAACAUCCGAUACCAAUGGCGUAAUUUUGCCAGCUCCCGUUAGCCCGGAUGCAGUCAAGGAAGCUAGAAAAGCGGAACUGCUCGCAUUUCAAAAGAAAGAAAUGGAAAGAUAUGGGAAGAAAGUUAUGGGGCUUCUAUCAGACGACUCGCCUGAAACUGCGCCGCUGUAUCUCGCCCGCCAAGGCCCCGGGACUGAUCCGAAUUCUCCAUUCUGUAAUCGGCCUCCGUUGUACAUUCUGACUGAACUGGCUAAGAGUCUUGAGGAGGAAACUAAUGAAGCACAACGGAAGCUUAAAUCCGGGCAAAUGUCAAGCACAAAUGGGCAGCAGAGUUCAGGAGCGGUGGUGAAUGCAUGGGAUUUUGGAAAUUCAGCUAACGCAAUAGCAGUUGACUGGCAGUAUCGACCAUGGGAGAAAUAUGGAGACGAGUUCUUCUCUCAGCGGUUCCGUAACUGGCUGGACAAAACUAUGAGGGCAGCUUUCCUUGUGGAUAUGACUCAAGAGGAAUUCAAGAAUGGGGAGCACCAUGCUAGCAUCAAAACUGGAAUGGGAGCUGCCACGUUUGAUUGCCCCGAAAUCUUGAGAGACCCUUCCGACCCGGAGAAUCUAGCCCAUUGUCAUGAGACUGCAAGCGGAUAUGUGCACAAUUGGAACCUGAGAAUCCGCCAGGAGCAAGAGCGAAAAGAGACAGAAGAGCGGGAACGAAAACGUCUAGCAAUCCUACCAAAGCCAACACCGGCACCCGAUGAACCAGCCCCAUACACACCAAAGCUCAACAUGUACAUUCGUCCAGUUGAGCCAAAGGAUAUAACGGCCCUUGUCGAGCUCUUUAACUGGUAUGUCAGAAACACGUUGCGUCGUGCAGACAUAGUGGAAAUAACGUACGACGAGAUGAGAGAACAUAUUGAAGAGCUUCAAGGAGAAAACUAUCCAUUUCUGGUCGCCGUAGAGAGACACCCCAAGAUUUGGCAUGCUAUGAAUCACGAACCGGAAAUGCUUUAUGGUUUCUGCUGCCUCAGCGACUUCACGGGGCCCCUUUCCACACAACGAUAUGCCUGCGACGUCGAAUUGUACGUGCACCCCAGGAAACUCAGAAUGGGAGUGGGGAGUUGUCUUCUGGAUAAGAUGAUCGAAAUUUUUGAUCCAAAAUAUUGCGUACGAGGUGGUUAUACUUUCGAAUGCGCUGCUCCGAGUCGAGAUGUGUAUAGCCUGGGGCUAUCUCACCCCGUCAUGAGACUCAUUGCAAUCAUCAACCACUCAGACGAAGAGGUUUCAGAGUAUGCUUGGACCAGGAAAUGGCUUAGCGAAGAAUUCGGCUUCCAGGAACAGGCUUACCUCAAAGGAGUCGGCGUCAACAAGAAAGUAUUGGUCAACGCUGGAUAUAUGGUGUAUAACACUAGCAUGGCUAUCCCAGAGAGUGGGUAA